AUGAGCAGUUCGUUGAAGGAAGCCAACAUCUCGCAAGCCAUGGAGCUUGUCAAGAAGGGUGAUACCAUCAUGACCAAAUUCAUUUAUUUCGGUGAUCGUGUUGAAGAUGCAACGGACGCCUAUAAAACUGCUGCCAAUAAAUUCAAGAUUGGAAAAGCAUGGAAGGAAGCCGGUGAUACCUACAAAAAGGUGGUACCUCUCUUGGUCAAGUCCGGAAGCAAAUAUGAAGCGGCAACGGUUUUAAUUGAUGCUGCAAAUUGUUAUAAACAAGCAAAUUUACCAAAAGAAACAGCCGAUACGAUGAAUGAAGCCAUUCAACUAUUUAUGGAGACUGGUAAAUUCGCAACGGUAGCAAAAUAUGAGAAGGAAAUGGCCGAAGUAUAUGAAAACGAUGGUGAUUAUGAAAAAGCCUGUAAUCACUAUGCAUCAGCAGCAGACUAUUUCCUUUCCGAAGAUCAAAAAAGCAGUGCCAAUCAAUGUAUUGUUAAAUUGGCUCACUUGCAAGCUGCCAAUGAAAAGUACGCUGAAGCCAUUGAAAACUUUGAAAAGGCAGCAUCCGCAGCUGUUGACGAUAGAAUGUUAAAGUGGGGAGCCAAGGAAUAUGAAUUCAAGUCACUCAUGUGCUAUAUGGCCAAGAUGGAAGAUACUGAACCAGAGGAUAUCACUGAAGUCCGAAACAAACUCAAUGAAUACAAGGAGAUGGACGUUCAUUUUGGAGAUUCUUUGGAAUGUAAAUUAAUUGAAAAACUUUUGGAUGCCUGCGAAGAGAAAAAUGUCAAAACGUUCACGAUUACUUUGAGAGACUUUGACAAGAUUCAAAAGUUGGAUACAUGGAAAACAAAUCUUUUCUUGAAGAUCAAGGAUAAGAUCAAGGAAGUUGAUCUCACUUGA